UGUCGUCCCAACAUUGAAUUCCUUAUGUAUGAACAUUGAAUAUAGUGACAAACCAUGGAGCUCCUCGCCACCGGCUUCAAUGCUUGGGGCCAACUACAAUUUAACAGAGAUCAAAAUGAAGUUGACGAGCCCGAUGACAUUCAUUCAUUUCAACCCAUUUUGAAAGAUGACUUUAUCGGACGCCUCUAUCCCUCGUUAUCAUGUACCUUCGUCGAAAACACUUCUGGAAUACGACAUGCAGGCUUCGUCGAAGAUGAUCUAGAAUGUAUCCAGGAGAAACUCCUCUCGUCGACGGCAGCGAUUGCAGGGAACGGUAUCGUAGCUGAGUAUGACGGCCGAGACACCGUCUUCCAGUAUCCUUCCAAAUCCAAAGACGAACAGCAACGUUUUACUGGCAUGGGGCACAUUGUCCAACUGGCAGCAUUUGAGACCGGAUUUGUAGCGUUAUCACAUGAUGGCAGUGUCUGGUCUUGGGGAGAUGAGCGCUAUAUUGCCUGCCUUGGAAGAGAGGUAACACAUUCGAGCCCAGCCGAAAGACCUGGCCUCGUGGAGGAGCUUGAAGACUUACCGACCGGUAAAAUAAAAAAGAUCAGCGCGGCUGGUUACCUAGUUCUUGCUUUGACAGAAGGAUGUGAUCUCUACGUUUGGGGUGGGCACCCGGGGCGGCAAGCUCUACUCGAGGGACUAUCAAGUAGUCCGGUGCCCUUAGUGGUCGAAGAGAAGGACAUAACAGAUUGUGGGGUUGGAGAAUCACAUAUAAUCGUGCUCACUUCCGAAGGGGAUGUAUAUAGUAUUGGCGAGAACGCAAGUGGUCAGUUAGGCCUCCCACUCAAGGAAGCAAGAUCGUGGACCAAGGUACCCCUUUGCUUGCGAGCGGGACGUGUCGUUUGUGGUGUAGAAGCAGGAUGGCGUACUUCAUUUAUAUUGACCAAGCAUCAAAUACUUUGACGAUUCUGCCUCAAUUGGGUCCUCUAUGCUGUUCUAUGAUACACACAAACUCCCCACA